UGUUUCUGGCGCCCGCCCGCAGCGCCGGAUGACCGAACAUGGCACACGCUGCACGGGUGCUGUGGCCCCGCGGGCGCGCUCUGGCCUGGAGGCUGGGCUGUUGCCCCACGCUGGGAUUCCCCGCACAGAGCCGGGCGGGCUUCGCAGGGAGUGCGGGAGGCUCUGGCCCCGCCGCUACCGCCCGCAAGGGGGGCCCACGGCUCCUGGGGGCCGCGGCUCUGGCCCUGGGGGGCGCCCUGGGGCUGUACCACACGGCGCGCUGGCACCUGCGCGCCCAGGACCUCCGCGCGGAGCGCUCAGCCGUGCAGCUCUCUCUGUCCAGCCGCCUGCAGCUGACUCUGUACCAGUACAAAACGUGUCCCUUCUGCAGCAAGGUCCGUGCCUUCCUCGACUUCCAUGCCCUGCCCUACCAGGUGGUGGAGGUGAACCCUGUGCGUAGGGCCGAGAUCAAGUUCUCCUCCUACAGGAAGGUGCCCAUCCUGCUGGCCCAGGAAGGAGAGAGCUUGCAACAACUGAACGACUCCUCCGUCAUCAUCAGCGCCCUCAAGACCUACCUGGUGUCAGGGCAGCCGCUGGAAGACAUCAUCACCUACUAUCCACCCAUGAAGGCUGUGAAUGACCAGGGCAAGGAGGUGACGGAAUUCUGCAACAAGUACUGGCUCAUGCUCGAUGAGAAGGAAGCCCAGCGGAUGUAUGGUGGGAAGGAGGCGAGGACGGAGGAGAUGAAGUGGCGGCAGUGGGCAGACGACUGGUUGGUGCACCUGAUCUCCCCCAAUGUGUACCGCACGCCGGCCGAGGCCUUGGCCUCCUUUGACUACAUUGUCAAGGAGGGCAAUUUCGGGGCCGUGGAGGGCGCCAUGGCCAAGUACAUGGGUGCAGCCGCCAUGUACAUCAUCAGCAAGCGGCUCAAAAGCAGGCACCACCUCCGGGAUGAUGUGCGUGAGGACCUCUAUGAGGCUGCCAACAAGUGGGUGGCAGCGGUGGGCAAAGAUCGGCCCUUCAUGGGGGGCCAGAAGCCAAACCUGGCUGAUCUGGCGGUGUAUGGCGUGCUGCGUGUGAUGGAGGGCCUGGAGGCCUUUGAUGACAUGAUGCGUCACACGCGCAUCCAGCCCUGGUACCUACGAGUGGAGAAGGCCAUCGCUGAGGCCCCCCAGUGAACUGAGCAUCCCUGCUGGGAAGAGCGGGGAGACAGUGGAAGAUACCGACUAUGGGGGACCAGGGUCGCUGAGCCAGCACCUGGCUGCUGCAAUGCUGUGCAGUAGGGGACAGGAUCAUUCAGCCUCUUGCCCACCUCACCCCCAGCCCCCUCGCUUCUAUCACUGGACACCUGCUGGGGCCCUGGGAUGCUGGGGGACAAGGCUAAGACUUUGUCUUCAUUCACAGCCCUCCCCCAGGGCCACGGAAGGCUACCUCCCACCCCAGCCCCAGAGGGCUGACCCUCCCCAACCCCCUCCUGGGCCUCCCUGCUCUUCAGCUUUCCCUGGGGCUCUCAAGGCUGCCCUGCCUCUGCCCUGUGGAUGGGAAUCUGGUUGGGCUUCCGCCCUGGGCGAAGGAAGUAGGGACCGUCUGGUUUCUGGGGGGCCUCCCUGGCUCUCCCUGGUUCCUGCUCUUCCCAGGUGCCUCCGGGACUGUGUGUCAUAUUUGCAAUAAAGAACAGGUUUGCUGCUCCCUG